CACGUGUGUAACUCAGGUUUGUGCAACAUUCACUUCCUUAUAUUGUCACUUGCAAAUUUCAAUCCCUCGACUCUCCUCUUGUCAAUACUCCGAGAAAUCUACCGAUGGCCGACUCAUCGUCACGCAUGGAACGUCUCCUUGUCAUCCUUGGCGGCGAAGAAAAUCUGCCCCCGCGAGCCAAACCUGUGCUUGCGAAGGUGGAGGAGCCAUUGUCACCCGAACCCCUUGAUAUCGUGAUCGAUUCGGUCAGUGUCACACAACCAAAAGCUACGGUGCACUCGAAUACACCGUCAGCUCCGGCAAAAUUGCACAAGUCUGCAGAACCGAAUCCUGUUCAACCAGAGGUCGCACGUUAUCCGUUUGAUAUUCGCAAGGGAGAAUCGUCCACUCUCGGCAUCAGCUUUGUUCCUUUCCAGGCUUUGACUAAGUACUGCUACAAAUACAUCCCGAACCACCUGGGUCAGAGAGUUGCAUCGGCUUUUUUCGAUGCCAAUAAGAUCUACGACACACGCACCUGGGACUUGUAUUUCGUGUCGACUGACUAUAGCGGCGUUCGGACUUUCGUGACUGAGGACCAGCUACAAAAUCUUAUUGACGACAUCAAUUCAGAGCUCAAGACCAAGCUUGCUAUUACGGACCACAACCGGGCCAACGGACUCCUGAUCGAUUUCGACGACGUCUCAGAUAUUCUACGACCACGCUGGCUUGGACAUUGUUCUUCGCGAGAACAAUACCUGGACUGGACAUCACGCCUUGAAUCAGAGGCCCAAAUGGCGCUGAACGAAAGACUAGCCGGAAGGGCGGACCUGGAGGCCUUCAAAGCUAAGAUGGACGAAGCUGCGGAGGCGUCGAAGAAUAGAUCCAAGGCUAAGCAGAGCAAGAAACAUGGUGAAGUCAUUAUCCGACGGCAGGACAUGGCGAGGCAAAAUUUGCGCGCUCAGCGAUACCUGGCACUGAUGAGUAAAGAUGAGAAUCUCGAGUCGAACCUCAUCGAUUGGAACAUGUCUCUGGAUUUUCCAACACCAUACAACUUCGAGUCCGACGUCAUUUUCAUCGCCAUCGAUGUUGAAGCGAAAGAAAAAGCCUCGCACGAGAUCACUGAGGUUGGUGUUGCUACGCUAGACACUCGGGAUCUACAUGAUGUCGCGCCUGGUAACAGCGGCACAGAUUGGCACAAACACAUUCGAGCCCGGCACUUCCGCAUCAGUGAACAUCGAAACCACGUGAAUCGAGAAUAUGUCCAGGGCUGCCCUGAAAAUUUCGCCUUUGGCACAAGUGAAUUCGUUAAGAUUGCUGACAUCGGCAAAGCAUUGACGGCAUGCUUCCACGAGCCGUUCAGCCGUCCAGAUUCGUCGACUAAACCUACUCAUCCCCCCGAUGAAAGACGUAACCUUGUCAUUGUUGGUCAUGAUCUCGGGUCAGACGUCAACUACUGCCGCAAGAUCGGCUUUGAUAUCUUCAAUCGUGGUAACAUUCUCGACACUCUCGACACGACGGCGAUGUAUCGCGCAUACGAGAACAAUCCCAAUUCCACAUCUCUCGGAAGGAUCCUGUAUGGCUUCGACCUGGUCGGCUGGCAUCUGCACAAUGCGGGCAACGAUGCAGUCUACACCAUCCAAGCCAUGCUUGCUGUUUGCGUGAAUUCAGCUAUGCGGAAAGGUAGCGCCGAGGCGGCUCAGCAGAGCGAGGCUGCCAAGGAGCAACGCAAGGAGGCAUUUGUCGAACGUGCAUUGGAGAACGCACAGCUGGCGAGCGAGGGCUGGGAUCUUCCGCCAGAUGCCGACGGCGGCGUUCCUGUGCUGCCUGAGAAUGGCUCGGGAGACACCGAGAGACGCCAUGAUUGAAACAGGUUGCCCCUCGUCGUCUCUGACACUAGAGAUCGACGUGAACAGCUGUCAAGGUGGAUGCCCAAAUUUUCAUGAACAGAGAUCAGUGAAAAAGGCGGAUCGCGAUGAGCGAGGGUCAAAGAAACGGGGUGUUCUUACGACCGUGCAGGAACAGCGGCGGCCAGAAUUAUGU